AUGAGUUUGUUACCUCUGAUUUCAAGUUGUCCUUUUACACUGGCUUGUUUGUUCCUGAUCUUUCUGAUAUCGUGCGAUGUUUCUACUUUUUUCUAUUCCUCUCUAGCUCGCAAAUCACGUGAAGUGAAGAAUUGGAAACGAGGUUCACCUGUUAAAUCCCUUAAAGCAAACAAUGCUUUGGUGGCAGGCAGUCUUCCAAAAGCGAAUGCAGCAUCUUGCCGUGCAAUAUCCACCUUUCUCCGAGCUCUUUUGGAGUACAACACACUCAAAAGCUUCCCACCUCCACCUACGGUAGACGAACAUACUACCUUAAUACAACCAACUAAAGAAACAAUCAUGUCGGAUCAAAGAGUCUUUCUGCCCGAGCCUGAAACUGUUGUCUCAAAAGAAGAUCGAUGGGCUAACACAAAAGCCAUGAUCUUGGCCGACCUCCAAAAAUAUGGUGUUACACGAUUUACCUUCGAUUGGACACUUCAAGAAGGCUACGAGUGGAAUCGUAUCAUGACAACCUUUACUUUGAAACACUGGCUACAUGCAAAACAACAAGGGAUGUUCUCAAAGUUAUCAAUCAAUCCCUCACACACCACUGAAGUACAACUAGAAGGGAUAAUUGCUAGAUGGAUUCGUGGUCGUGCAACUGAGAUUCGAUCUGGAAGGAAUGAUCCUAAAAAACGCCGGGUCGUAGAAAACAACAAAAAGAAAAGGGCGUUGUUCAAAUAUCGACGCGAUUCGGCCAAGCGUCAUCUUGAUGCGAGCUGGACCGAGUUAAUUACAGAUGCUGAUUGUUGCUCUGAGACUGAGUACGAACCUGAUCAGAUAAGAUAUGAGAAGAUUGGAUUAGUUUGGCGAAGUGAGCAGUACUCAGCUUUCCUGCAUUCCAUAGAUCGCCUUUCUUUUAAAUAUAAGGCUCAACUUCACGGCAAUCGACUCGCCGCCCAAAGAUUUGACCAAUGUCGAAUCCCUGGAUCCAAAUACAAUCACAAAGCCGCAGUCUGUUGCGGGCUUCCACAAAACUGCUAUGACCCUGUUUGGUUCAACAGUCUUGAUAUCGACAAAAGGGCUAAGCUGAAGGCACAUCCACCCUCCGAAUUGAUGAACACUCUGGCUACUCAAGUCAAAAAGAAACUGAAUGAGUCUUAG